UCGACCGGCGCUCGUAGCGGCAGGUAGACCCAUCUGCUCCUCUCGAGAAUGUGAACGAACUCCCUUCGUCCCUCCACCCCCUGGCGCCCUGGAGGAAAACAAAGUUAUUGAAGACACGCGUGAAAUUGUUUGUAGAGAAGACUAUCAUGUGAUUGCGCGCGUGUAUACGAGAAGCUUAAAUAAAAAAAAGCGUCGAUACAAAAAACCAGUAGAAGUGAUAUUUAAUGAAAAAUUCUUCUGUUUUUCUAUUUGUUGUUGAGCAAGUUUGGUGCAAAACACUUCGUGAUCUUGAGCCUUAUGUAGGCCUUGAUAAUGAAAUGAGUGAUAACGAGUUAUCCGUCAGUAGCAGAAACUUUCGAAAGAUGCGAGAUACAAUAACUUCGACACACGAGAAGGAAAUCUAGACGUAAUUUGCUUCAGUGACCCUCUCUUUGGGGAUUGAUUUCGAACUUGGAUCAAACAGAGAUUAAGUUACCCUUACUCUGAGUUAUUUGUGAGAUAUAUCCGAUAUAUAUCUUAUGGGCAAGAAAAAAGGAAAACAGAGGCAAACUUAAGAACUUUUCCUACGAAGGAACAAAAAAUAUAGGAGCCAACGGCACAUAAAAUCAAUGAAAAUUUCAUUUAUCCACUUCGCAUGAGACCAACUGGCCGUCAGCGAAAGAAACGAAAAAAGUUGGUGUCCCAGUUUUGUCGCCAACUAUCGGGAAAGAAGAAGCAUCUGAGGAUGUCAAAGAACAGAAAACUUUUUCUGCGUGUCGAAUAAUUUGAGGAUUGCAAUAUGGCCCCGACAGUAACGUCGAUCCUCUUAAACAACACCUACAUAGAAGUCAGCUACAACGGUAGUCUGGCAUUAUCGGAGCAAAUCAACAAAUCAGCUUGGAUUAACGACACGUACGACUUCGGCGUGUCGUUAGGUCCGUAUCGGGACUCCUUAUACGUGGUGAUACCGGUGACCAUAAUCUACGCGUCCAUCUUUCUCACGGGCAUCGUCGGCAACAUCAGCACGUGCAUCGUGAUCGCGCGCAACAAGUCCAUGCACACCGCAACAAAUUAUUAUCUUUUCAGUUUAGCCGUGUCCGACCUGUUGCUACUGGUUUCGGGCCUACCGGCCGAGAUGUACACGGUCUGGUGGAAAUAUCCGUACAUCUUCGGCGAAGACUUCUGCGUCCUGCGUGGCCUUGCCUCGGAGACGUCGGUGAACGCGUCGGUGCUCACCAUUGCCGCCUUCACCGUCGAGAGAUACGUCGCGAUCUGUCAUCCGUUCCUCUCGCAGACUCUGUCCAAUCUCUCUCGCGUAAUCAAGCUAAUCCUCGUGAUAUGGCUGCUGGCCCUGGCGUGCGCGUUGCCGCUGGCCUUGCAAGUCGGACUGGUCCAGUACGGCGAUCACCCCGAAAUGAUCGUGUGCACAAUCAAGAGGAUCAUCGUUAAUCAUUCGUUCGAACUGUCCACGUUCCUGUUCUUCGUAUUGCCGAUGUGCCUCAUCACGUUUCUCUACAUGCUCAUCGGCAUCAAGCUCAGGAAGUCGAACAUGACUGUCCCGGGUAGAUCUGAGUCGAGAAACUGCAGACACUAUCCUGGAAGAUCGUCCAGGAGGGUGUUGAAGAUGCUAGUCGCAGUAGUGAUAGCAUUCUUCAUUUGUUGGGCUCCGUUUCACGUACAACGAUUAAUUGCCAUAUACGGAACUAAUACGGAGAAUCAUAUCACAUCGAACGGCCCGUGGAUGGAGUUCCUCUACCUCUUAAUGACCUACGUAUCAGGUGUUCUUUACUACGUAUCCACAACAAUCAAUCCGAUCCUCUACAACAUUAUGUCGAACAAAUUCCGCAUAGCGUUUACGGAAACGUUAUCAAAAAGCUGGAGACAUCGUGGAUUGCCGGCGCGUCACGAGCAACGCUCAUAUUCCAGUCUGUCGAGAUCUCAACCAAGGACCAUUGGUGCUUAUGGUUCCAGAAUAGCAGGGACCGGUAAAGAAUCCGGUAUGAUGGUGCAUAGCAUGGAAGGUUCAGGAAAUUCGAUAGAAGACAGUCAAAGACGGUUGAGCAAUCCAGAAAAUUUGCCAGAGCUCAUCAGAACAAACUCAAUACGGGAGGAAUAUAUUAAAGAAGAAACGAGGAACAACAACAGUCUGCGAUCGCCGUGCAACGAGCAUCACAAGUCGCAAGAAGGCAAACGUGGCAAGGAUCGAUCGAUCCGCAGGAAUCAGACCGCCUCGUGGAAAAGAACGACGUACAAGAGUGUGAAUAUGGAAAAUUCUGAGAAGAAAUGGUGGAGGCUUUUAAAGUGGCUGCCUGGCUUUAAAAUUUUAAAGUUUCCCCGCGGAUCAACCGUGCCCGAAGAUCGCAUGUUCGACGAAUCUGGAAAUCCUCGCGAGGAAUUAUCAAUGACUCUGUGGAAUAUUCGGGACAGCAACGAACAGCGACCUGUUUGAAAAGCGAAUAUGUUUUUGCAAGAUUCGAAAUCUUUGAGAAGACUGACAUUUUUGCCGAUCUGCAUUUUCCGUGAAUAAUGCAACGUCACUAAGGAUCAUUACUCGAUGGAGACUUUAUGUGACGACGUACGAUCAAAAUGAUGACUCGAAAAUUCUUCGAAGAAGUGAUUUUAAAAACUUCUUUACUACUGAAGAAGAGGCUGAAAUAAGAAUGCAAUGUUUGUAGCUCCUAUUCUCGUGAUUAAUUCAAAAAAGUUCCAUUAAGCAUCCAACAAGCAUAGAGGAUAAGAAAAUUUCUAGAAGAAAAACCAUAAAGUUUGACGCGGUGAUAUAACAUUCGUAUUUACCAAGCAAGUUCUAUCUCUGGAUGCUGGCGUCCGACGUUCUGCACACAUCUUUAAGUCUACAAAUAAAUUCAGAGCAUCAAACAGAUAAACAUGUCGAGAAUAUUGCGGUCUUAUAUAGUACUAAUAUAAUAAAUCAAAUAGCAUUCUGCGAUCCUCAUAAAUCUUUCCGGAAUGCACUCUCGUCAAGUACGCACUCUUUGAUCACCAAAGAUUUUCUUCUAUAUAUUACUUUAAUCUAUUAGAACAUGAAUGAUGUAUAUGUACAUAAAAAUAUUUUGAUAU